AUGCCCGCCGCUCUCCCGACCGUGACCGUCCAGAACGGCAACGGCGCCACCUGCCAGCUCCCGGAGGUGUUCCUCUCGCCGAUCCGCCCGGACAUCGUCAACGCCGUGCACACCGGCCUGAACAAGAACAACCGCCAGGCGUACGCCGUGUUCAACAAGGCCGGCCAUCAGACCGCGGCGGAGUCGUGGGGCACCGGCCGCGCGGUCUCUCGCAUUCCGCGCGUUCCCGGCGGUGGUACUCACCGCGCGGGCCAAGGUGCCUUCGGUAACAUGUGCCGCGGCGGCCGCAUGUUCGCGCCGACGAAGACCUGGCGCAGGUGGCACCGCCGCGUGAACCUCAAGCAGAAGCGCUACGCCGUCUGCUCAGCGCUCGCGGCGUCGGCGGUUCCCGCGCUUCUCAUGGCGCGCGGCCACGCCGUGGAGACCGUCCCGGAGGUGCCGCUCGUCGUCGGCGACGACGUCGAGUCCAUCGCGAAGACGGCCAAGGCGGUCGCGCUCCUCAAGUCCAUCGGCGCCUACGCGGACGUCGAGAAGGUGAAGGAGUCGAGGAACAUCCGCUCCGGCAAGGGGAAGAUGCGUAACCGCCGCUACGUCCAACGCCGCGGCCCGCUCGUGGUGUACGCCGACGACGACGGCAUCACGAAGGCGUUUCGCAACAUCCCGGGCGUGGAGCUGUGCUCCGUGGAUAGGCUCGGGCUCCUGACGCUCGCGCCCGGCGGGCACGUCGGACGGUUCAUCAUCUGGACGAAGAAGGCGUUCGAGAAGCUCGACGCGGUGUUCGGCACGGCGGCGGCGGCGUCGAGCGCGAAGAAGGGGUGGAAGCCGCCGAGGUCCAUCAUGACCGUGCCGGAUCUCUCGCGCGUGAUCAACUCGGACGAGAUUCAGAGCGCGGUGAACGCGCCCAAGGCGGGCAAGACGCGCGCGCACGCGCCGCUGAAGAGAAACCCGCUCAAGAACAAGGCGGCGAUGGAGCGUUUGAACCCGUACGCCAAGGUUGCCGCGCAGAUGGCCGCCGCCGCGGAGAAGGAACGCUCCGCCGCCAAGGCGAAGAAGGUGGCGGGCGCGCGCAGCAAGGUUGGCGAGGCGUUCUACCAGGGCAUGAAGUCCGACUCCGCGUACGAGGGCGAGCUCUUCGACAACUUCGCGGAGUGGCUCCACGGCAAGCCGGAGGAGGAGGAGGAGGAGGCGUGAGGAAUGGACGGCGAAGACGACGGUCGAGGAGGCGAGGCGGCGAGGAGGCGACUCGACACUGUCAUACGUAGUGAAUAGGUUGCAACGCGUCGCGACGAUUCCACUCCACGACUA